AUCACUUCGUCUCUGCAGUGAUCUUCAUCCAGCGGCCCGCGCGUCUUAGUUAUAAAAUUAUUUCACAUCACGUCUGAGAGGAUUCCGUCAACUAGCGCAAUGGCGCGGGCGGAGCAACAUGUGGAGCAGCAUUUUGGGAAUGCGGAAGCUUCCGACGGCGGCUUGCUGUUCCAGGGUCACGUUAACGGAUCUCUCCACAUCCAUCACGAAACACGGGCGAACCAGCACGCUGCGCAGCGGAUUAUCCCGUUCCCGCGCAAUGAGGACAUAGUGGACCGCUACAUCUUCGCCGCGCUCGACCAGCUUCUACCCCCCUCGCCCGACUACCAGAGUGCGGCGCUCUGGGGUCUCGGCGGCUCCGGCAAAACGCAGAUUGCGCUCGAGUAUGCCUACCGCCGGAGCCGUGACCCCACUUGCUCUGUGUUCUGGGUCCACGCCGACAACGAGACGACAUUUACGCAGGACUACAAGGUAAUUGCGAAGAGGCUGCGCCUGGCGGAUGGUCUGGAUGGUCCGGAGCUGUUAAUGGCCGUGCGUGAGCGGAUCGAGGCGAGCCCGUGCUGGCUGCUUAUUCUCGAUAACGCCGAUAACCUCGCUGUGUUUGGGGUGGGCCGGACACAAUCAGGCAGAGACCAAGGUCAGGACACAGAAGAGAAGCAAAGUCUGUAUGAUUUCGUGCCCCGGGGCCCCGCAGGGACGGUGUUGUGGACAAGUCGUGAUAAGCGGAUCAGCGGCAGCCUUGUGGGCGGCCGACGAGCGAUCAAUGUCGCUAGCAUGACGGAGGGAGAGGCGAAGAUAUUGCUCGAAACGGUCAUGUGUAGAGAGAUUGCCGAGGAGGAGUCCCACCACGCUAUGGCGCUACUUGCCGAGCUCGACUUGCUCCCGCUCGCGGUAUCACAGGCGGCAGCAUAUAUGGGAAGGACGGCCACCCCAAUCGGUGAGUAUUUAUCAAAGCUAAAGAGACGUAUAAAGAGAUGGCAACUGCUUAGCGAGACGGAGUUCGACCGACACCGCAGAGCGGAUAUGUCGAAUAGCGUCAUGCAGACGUGGGGUAUCUCAAUCGAGCACAUGCGACAGGAGAACCAGAUGGCCUACAAUAUCCUCCACUCACUUGCAUUUGUAGAUAACCAAAAUAUCCCGUUGGAGUUGGUGGCGAAGGCAGCCGAGAUAAUAGCAAGACCGACCAGAUAUGAAAAAACCGCAAGCGCGGAGUCCGUAUGCAUCAAGGUCCAGGACGAGCACCAAAACAAGCACCAGGACGAUGAUGACAAAGUCCUAGCAGCAGUGGUUCUUCUACAACACUUUUCGUUCCUACAUCCGCGCACGUCCGGCGAACGGUACGGGGUCUACGAGAUGCACAAACUCGUGCAGGAGGCUACACAGUAUAGCUUAAGCCAAGAGGAUCGGCGGACAGACCAAUGGCAUUUUUCGGAGGUAGCUCUUCGUGCUGCCACAUCUCUAUUUCCGGAGAGUCGACGAGAAUUAUGGGGAGAGUGCGAGAUAUAUCUCAGACAUGCGCAGCUUGCGGCCGGAUGGGCCGGGUUGUGUAGGGGUGGGGUAGAGGCAGCGGCGCUGUUGACUCGAGUGUCGGACUAUCUGUAUGACCGUGGGAGGUGGAGAGAGCGGGAGCCUGUGGACCUAAGAGCCUAUGAGUAUCGGAGGGAACUUCUCGGCGACAAGCAUCCUGGCACGAUCAGGAGUAUGGCGAAUCUGGCGGCCACAUACCAUGCUCAGGGGAGGUAUGAGGAAGCGGAGAAGAAUUAUAUGGAAGUGCUAGCACUGCGGCGCGACGUUCUCGGCGACAAUCAUCCUGACACGAUCUGGAGUAUGGCGGAGCUGGCCACCACAAACUAUGCUCAGGGGAGGUAUGAGGAAGUGGAGAAGAAUUAUAUGGAAGUGCUAGCACUGCGGCGCGACGUUCUCGGCGACAAUCAUCCUGACACGAUCUGGAGUAUGGCGAAUCUGGCCACCAUAUACCAUGAUCAGGGGAGGUAUGAGGAAGCGGAGAAAAUCAAAGUGGAAGUGCUGGCACUGCGGCGCGACGUUCUCGGCGACAAUCAUCCUGACACGAUCUGGAGUAUGGCGAAUCUGGCCACCAUAUACCAUGAUAAGGGGAGGUAUGAGGAAGCGGAGAAAAUCAAAGUGGAAGUGCUGGCACUGCGGCGCGACGUUCUCGGCGACAAUCAUCCUGACACGAUCUGGAGUAUGGCGGAUCUGGCCGCCACAUACCAUGCUCAGGGGAGGUAUGAGGAAGCGGAGAAAAUCAAAGUGGAAGUGCUAGCACUGCGGCGUGACGUUCUCGGCGACAAGCAUCCUCACACGAUCAGGAGCAUGGCGGAGCUGGCCGCCACAUACCAUGAUCAGGGGAGGUAUGAGGAAGCGGAGAAAAUCAAAGUGGAAGUGCUGGCACUGCGGCGCGACGUUCUCGGCGACAAGCAUCCUGACACGAUCUGGAGUAUGGCGAAUCUGGCCGCCACAUACUAUGCUCAGGGGAGGUAUGAGGAAGCGGAGAAGAUAUCAGUGGAAGUGCUAGCACUGCGGCGCGACGUUCUCGGCGACAAGCAUCCUCACACGAUCUGGAGUAUGGCGAAUCUGGCCGCCACAUACCAUGCUCAGGGGAGGUAUGAGGAAGCGGAGAAAAUCAAAGUGGAAGUGCUAGCACUGCGGCGUGACGUUCUCGGCGACAAGCAUCCUCACACGAUCAGGAGCAUGGCGGAGCUGGCCACCAUAUACCAUGCUCAGGGGAGGUAUGAGGAAGCGGAAAAAAUAUCAGUGGAAGUGCUGGGCCAAGCUCAUCCCUCUGCCCAAAGAUCUUUACGCGCCUUCAAUUUAUGGGGGCGGGACAAGAAGAAAAGCUCUCGUAUACGCCGAAUGUUUGGGCGUAUAGCUCAUCACGUUAGAGCUACGACUCCACAGUAA